AUGGCGGACGCUACCUACUACAUUGACGAAGACGUCGGUCACGACAGCCCCGAGCAGACAGGCGACGAGAGCCUGCCCUACAAGUCGCUCGGAUAUGCCAUCUACCAGAAAGGCGAGGCCGCCAAGUUCAAGACACGAAAGAGCGUGACGGGCGAGCUGGCCGCGGGCGCUGAUCCGUCGUCGCGCAUGGAGUGGAAGGAUGCCGCCAAGUCAGCCUUAAAGAAGGCGGUCAACUACGCGAAGACGCUGAAGAAAAAGGCAGAGAAGGAGGGUGAGCAGCUGGCCCUGCGCGCAAAGGAGCAGGCUGCCCGCAACGAGGUCCUCGAGGAGGCCAAAAAGGUUGUGCUCGACGAGGACAGGAGUCUGCCGGCGCCCAUCAAGAUCAAGCUCGACGACACAGACGCGAGCAAGAUCACACUGGGCGACGGCAAGGACGUCAAGGGCACACGCGUCAGAGUUUUUGGACGUGUGCACCGUGAGCGUAAGCAGAGCAAGGUCCUGUUCAUCACAUUAAGAGAUGGAUACGGCUACAUGCAGGUUGUCCUCACCGGCAAGCUGGCCGAGACCUACGACGCCCUCACCCUGACCCGCGAAACCUCGAUGGAGAUCCUCGGUGAGCUGAGGCAGGUCCCUGCCGGCGCCCACGCCCCUAACGACCGCGAGCUUCACGCCGAUUUCUACAGAGUUCCAUCAAUCUGGAAGGCAGCGGGUGGCGAUGACGCCAUCACCAACCGCGUCUCCAAGGACACCGAGCACGCGACACUGCUCGACCUCCGCCAUCUCACCCUGCGUGGCGAGACUGCCUCCAAGGUCAUGAUCGUCCGCGAUGCUGUCGAGUUUGCUUUCAACCAGGUCUACAAAGAGCUCCGCCUGCGCAAGGUCUCGCCUCCAGCGCUCGUCCAGACUCAGGUCGAAGGCGGCGCAACACUCUUCAAGUUUGGGUAUUACAACGAAGAAGCGUACCUGACGCAAUCCUCGCAGCUCUAUCUCGAAACCUGCCUCCCCUCCAUGGGCGAUGUAUACUGUAUCGAGAAGUCGUUCCGCGCUGAAAAGUCCCUCACCCGCCGCCAUCUGGCAGAGUACACGCACAUUGAGGCCGAGCUCGACUACAUCAACUUUGACGACUUGCUCACCCACUUGGAAGAAGUCAUGUGCCGCGUCCUCGAGGUCGCCACGUCUGACCCUGUGAUCAAGCAGCACAUCAUGGACCUCAACCCGGAGUUCCAGAUGCCCGAACGGCCCUUCAAGCGCAUGAAGUACCAGGACGCGAUUGACUGGCUCGUCGAGCACAACAUCGAGAACGAAGACGGCGAGCCGCACAAGUUUGGCGACGAUAUUGCUGAGGCAGCCGAGCGCAGGAUGACAGACAUCAUCAACAAACCCAUCUUCCUGACACACUUCCCCGCCGAGAUCAAGGCCUUCUACAUGCUCAAGGACAGCGAGGACCCGCGUGUUACCGAGUCCGUCGACUGCCUGAUGCCCGGUGUUGGCGAGAUUGUAGGAGGAAGCAUGAGGAUGGACGACAACGACGAGCUCAUGGCCGCCUUUGCAAGAGAGGGCAUCGAUCCCUCGGCAUACUACUGGUACACAGACCAGCGCAAGUACGGUUCCUCCCCGCACGGCGGCUACGGUCUAGGACUCGAGCGCUUCCUUGCAUGGCUGUGCAAGCAGCACACCGUGAGGGACUGCUGCCUUUACCCGCGCUACUUCGGCCGCUGCAAGCCCUGA